CAGACUCCUCCUCGAGCUUGGGGAUGUCCCGCGUGACAGCUCGUGAGUAUAAAACAACAAGGCAAAGACCAACCCACGUCAAACAAAUUUGAGUGGAACUCUGAUAAGCACCUAUACACAUGUCGGCAACGUGGAGCAGCGCGGUUGCUAAACCUCAAUUUGGCCCGUGGCUUAUAAAGCAGGUGGAAAGCAGACAGUAUGAGGGGUUACACAUGAUCACCUGUGACACAUUCAGGAUCCCCUGGAAACACAACGCACGCAGAAACCUCGAAGACGAGGAUGUGAAAAUAUUCAAGGAAUGGGCUAUAGUUAGCGGAAAAAUCCAAGUGAACCCUAAUAACAAAGCAAAAUGGAAGACAAAUUUCCGUUGUGCGCUCGAAGGCCAGAAAAUGUUUCAGAAAAUAGCAGACAACUCCAAAGACCAGGAUGACCCCCACAAAGUCUAUUGCAUCAUCCAUCCACAAGGAACCCAGAAUGCAGAGCCGAUUCAAAACGAUAUAUUUGUUCCUCAGAUCUACGCUGAUCAAGUGUCUCAGAACAUGGAGCAGGACUUGCCCAACAUGUUGGACACUAUGGAUAUAAAUCAACAACAUGCAGAGCCCCAAACAUGGGAGACCUUACCGAGCCCCCAAAAUGGCUACUUUGAGCCCCCCGUCUCAGGUGUGCAGUGCUUACAGAAUAACAGGCCUCCUCCCGUUCAACCACCAUACACUACAGCGUCUCAAGACAGCCUUCCUCCUGUCUGCACCCUGGAGAUCACAAUUAACUACAGAAAAACCGAGGUCUCUAAAACUGUCCUGAAUUCACAAUUCGUACAAUUUUACUACCAGUGCAACCCCUCCGAGGUGAGAGGACAUCCCAUACGCUUCCCAUCCACCGAGAACCUCAUCGACCACAAACAGAUCGAUUACACUCAACGGUUACUUGACAGCAUUCAGAGAGGUCUGCAACUGGAAAUUAACCAGUACGGCAUUUACGGCUUCCGUCAGGACAUGUGUAACGUCUUCGUCUGCACCAGCGACCCCUCUGAGAUCCAAAACCCAGAACCCCAAAAACUGCGUCAGAACAUCAGAGAGCAAUUGUUCAGCUUCGAAAAGUAUAUCAGGGAUCUGAGGGAAUUCAGAGAGAACAGAAGAGGGUCGCCAGAUUACACCAUCUACCUGUGCUUUGGGGAGAAACUUCCGGACGGAAAGCCACUGCAGAAGAAACUUAUCGUGGUCAAAGUUGUGCCGCUGAUAUGCCGCGAACUUCACGCCAGAGCUCAGAUCGAGGGAGCGUCGUCUCUUCAAAACGAUAAUGUCAGCCUGCAGAUCUCCCACAACAGCCUUUAUGACCUGAUCAAUUCUUUGGGUCUGCCUUCCAUGGACAUAUGACCACCAUAAAACCUGUCAACAGAUACGGUUGUACCUAAAAAUGUAUGUUGCACUCCUAACAUAAUCUAAAAGUAGAGCACUUCCAGCAGGAAUUUUCAUGGGGCAUUUUUUGGGAAUCUUUUUUGUUUUUAUAAAAGACAAUCUGGUAAUUCUGCUAUCCUAAUGAGAUUGUAUUUGUCAAAUUUGCAUUAACGUUGUAUCUUUGGCAAUAUUUACUCUUUUAAUAUUCUGUCUUCUAGUGAAGAAUCUUUUGCAUAUCGCCCAAAGGGCUGCUUGUUUAUUUCCUGUAGUGUGUUGCGUCCGAGAACAUGGUGUUUAGAAUCUUUGGUGUCAUUAAAAUAAACAAAAAAUAAAUAAAAAAAAUGUUAAACCAAUCAUUAGUAUUUGAUUUGC